AUGUUGCUAUUUUUCAACACUCAUAUUCCCCCAGAGGUCGUGCAGCAAAUUGUCCGUCAGCUCGACCCAAUAUCGUUGAUCGCCCUCUCUCAAACCUCCAAGUCAUGGCGUGCCUUCAUCAGCCCCAUUCAACACGACUAUGUCCAGCGGCUGCUCGCCCUCGAGCUGAUGCCAGAGCAUGGCGGCAUUGUGCCGAUGUUCGACGAGCUCUCCCAAAAGUUGUGUCCGCCGUGGGACGGCAGCGAGUGGAAGUCCAACAAGUACGCGUGCUGCGGCUGCAUGAAGCUGCAGUCCCAUAUGAUGUUUGACAACCAUGCUAUUCUUCGCCGUCCGUACCGAAAGCCCCCGCCGUGGAGUGUCGAGGCGGAGAAGGCCGCCAUCACAGACUGGGAACCGCUCGAGCCGAGCGCCCGAUGGAGGCGUAUUCAAGCGCGGGAGGCCCGGGUACGGGAGGAGCAGAGAAAAUGGGCUCGCAUCGUUGAAUGGAGGAGGGACUAUGUUAUUGGGAAUCGGACUGGUUACCAAUUUCCACUCGCCGCACGCGACCACCCUGACGAAGACGAGGAAUACCCAGUCCGGGCGUACCUGACGGGCACCGCGCGUCAAAAACGCAGAUGCAUCGAGUGCAAACGUCUCCUCAACAUCCGGACCAGGCCCCCGUGCACCAUCGAAGUCACUGUCAGCCCUACGGCAACAGCGGUGAUAAGCCGGCAAGGCCUGUUUCUGAGUAUGUGGGAUCGACACUUCCCCGGCCUCGUCGAGCCGCCCCCGCCUGAGGAGCGACCCCGGGUGUGGAGGAGCUUUCGGGGAUCGCGGCCCGCGCUCGGCCUUUUCCUCAACGUAUACGUUGUCUUCUGUCGGUUCUGCAAGAAAUGGCUGAUGGACAGCGCUUUCCGGAACUGGAAGCUACAAGAAUGGGAAUGGCCUCUCCCCGCUAGAUUCACCAUCGAUCCCCUCAUCUGCAACCGAUGCUACCUCGAAAGCGGUGGUGGUUCCGCUAGGCUUGCCCGGGAGUUGUCUGCUGGCGCCCUCGCCAUGUUCCAAGAACACCGGAGAGAAAUUGGCGGCCAACUUCGCUUCGGCUGGGACUACAUAUACAACGACUUCAACAAUGCAGCGAAUGUCGUCACUUCGCUCGCUGAGUUCAAGGCCAUAGGGAACGAGAUCCUAGACGGGCUUGAGUGGGUCACGGAGGUCAACGGCUACGGCGAUAGACGCCGCUUCCCUGACCUUGAAAAGUCUGACCUCUUGGACUUGCGCCGUCGUUUCGAACGUUACAGGGAGUUCAUCUACGAUGACAAAGUCGACUCUGGCAGACGGGAAGAGAUUCUGAAGAGCUGGUUCAAGUUGUGGGUUGAGGACUACGACAAGUUCGAGGGAAUGUAUAUCUGGCUGGGCAAGCAGAUCGCCUGGUUGGAAAGCGAGCCAAAUGCCGUCCUCGACUAUGUCUUAGAACGUGAUCCGUAUCAGAUCUAA